GAGAAUGUGAUGGACUAUCGUUCGCUGGGCAACAUGCCCGGCUUGGAAUGGAAACUCCUGCGGGUCAAGUGUCGGGAGUUGCGUUUGGAGGGUCCUUACCAUCGGUAUCGCCAUCUGGUUGCAGUGGCCAUUGUGACCCAAGUAUUCAUUGUCAUCGAAGUUUUGAUGCUCAUUCAUGUGAUUCUGCUGUUCAGCGUGGUCAAGAAUUUUGAUUUGAUCACGGUGCUGCCCAAUUUUUUUGUGAUCUUGCUCACUCCUGUUAUUCUGAUGGGCUGCAGGGAUUCCAAUGUGGAGCACUACGACUUUAUUGCCACUUUGUGCAGCUGGUUGAUGGCCUUCCUCCUCGCUGCAUCGGACUUGAUAAUGCCACUUUGUUAUUUUACCUCUUUUUCGCUGAUGCCAAAUUACGACCAUGUGGUGAUCGUCUUGAUUUACUUGAUGUUUCCAAUUGUCUUUCUGGAAAACGGAAGGGAAUACCUUUUGGGCCUGGCCAUUUCCCUGGUGUACUUCUGCUACAUGGUGUGGAUGCAAAUGGGCAGCAAGGACAACAAAGUUUGGGAGCUGACCGUCUAUGCGACGUACCUCUUUUUUCUGAACAUGACAUGCUUGUUCUUCACCGGAUUUCGUGAGUAUUACAUGAGAAAUGGGCUCCUCAGUCGCUACCAAUUGUUGUACCAGGACAUGUUAUUUCAGAUGACAAUGAAAAAGGAAAAAGCUUUGCUAGACUCGAUUAUGCCUUUUUCGCUGGCGCGCACCUUGCAAGAUGCCAUCACCUCGCACAUCGAAGAAAAUCCAUCUAAUUUAGUGCCUUUUCCCAAGACACGCCAUCUGUUUGUGGAACCGCACCCGGAGGUGUCCAUUCUGGAGGCCGAUAUAGUCAACUUCACGCGACUGACCACCACAAUGGAGGUGCCGGAACUGGUGGCCAUCCUGCACGAGCUCUUCGUCAGCUUUGACCUGGCUGCCAAUCGGAACAGGGCGACGAGGAUCAAGUUCCAGGGGGAUUCCUACACCUGUGUCACCGGCAUCCCCAGCUACUUCCCCACCCACGCCAAUGCCUGCGUGGAUCAGGCUCUGGACAUGAUUAAGGUGAGUCGGGAGGUGAGCCAGCGUCGCAACCGGACGAUCCAGCUGCGGGUUGGAGUGCACUCGGGGGAGAUCCUGGCGGGGAUAAUUGGGCACACCAAGUGGCAGUUCGACAUCUGGUCGAAGCACGUGAACAUCGCCAAUCGGCUGGAGGGCUCUGGACUUCCGGGAAUGGUGCACAUUUCCAGUAGAACGUUGGGUUUGCUGGACAAUCACUAUGUGUACGAGGAGGGAACCGAAAUGGCCAAGAGUGAUCCUCUCAUCCAACGGGCCAAUCUUAGAACCUACCUAAUCCACAGUCGACUGCCCGACUAUGUGGAGCCCGAGGACUUGGAGAUGGACAGAUUUUCGCUGAACGAAUACCGUCCUAGUUUCAGCAACGACUACGAAGAUAUCCAGGUGAAGGCGCAGCGCGAAAUGAUUCUCGAGGUGGAGCACAUGCCGGUGAACCGGAUACAGACAUGCAAGUUCAGACGCACCGCAAAGGAUCCGAGACAGGACAUGAACGAGGAGUACCUCUUCAAUCUCCAGUCCUACUUCUUGUUCACCACCUUUCGCAGUUGGAGGACGGAGUGGUCCUUCAGCCAGCGGCCGGAUCUCCUCAUUAAGUACAGCCUGGUGUUGGUGGUCUUUGCCGGAGUAACGAUCCUGUCCAUGAACCUAUUCGAACAGAUCGAUGCGGUGUACUAUAACAUAUUGUUCUGGUUGCUUUUCAUCCUAGUGUCGGUCCUUUUGGUGGCCACCUAUAAGAAGGUCUGGCUGCGAGGACGUCGACUCACGCCCCUGUCGCAACCCUCCUUCUUCCUGAGUCGCUGGCUGGUGAAGGUAUCCGAUCUCAUCGAGCAAUCGAUUUUCGUACGGGUUCCCCUGGUGUUAGUAGUGCUGUCUAUCCUUUAUGUCAUGUCCUCGCAGGCAGUGUUCUGCUGUGAAAUAUCCAAGCUCGAGGUGGAGAUUAUUGACUCCGAGCUGCACAACUUUCAGCCAGCUAUGAUUUGCUUCCUGCCCUGGGCAGUGACUUAUGCGGUGGUAAUUGUACUCAGCCUAUUGUUGGUCCUCAUCGGCGUUCCGCUGGUGAUUAAGUUGGCCGUGGGAUUCGCCAUCCUGGGCUGUCACGUGGUCACCGUCCACGCCUACUACGGAUUCGCCUUCGAGCGAUCGGAAACCACGAACGUGGGCGUGGAGUCCAGCCUGGCCCACACCUGGUACGUGGCCACCUUCUUCAUCCUGGUGGUGGUGCGCGAAGGAUACCUCAACUUCGUCGUGAAGGCCACGUACUUCAUGCGCAUCUCUUUCGAGAAGAGGCUCCAACAGACCAAGGUGAAAACGCGCACCAUUUCCACCAUUAUGGCCAACAUCCUGCCUGCCCACGUGGUGGAGGUCUUCAAGGAUCGGAGGCGCAGUGAUCAACUGUUCUACGAAAACUUCACCCAAGUUGCCGUGAUGUUCGCCACCAUCGAGAACUACGAGGCGGAUAGAUCGGGACUCCGGGUUCUGCACGAGAUCAUCUGCUACUUCGACGACCUCCUGGUCAACUACCAAUUGCGCUACAAAAUCGAGAAGAUCAAGGUGAUGGGCUGGACCUACAUGGUGGCCUGUGGCCUGGACGUGGACCACUACACGGACAUCUCCACGAAUCUCAUUUGGAAUGUUACGCAGAAAUCCUCUAGCAUUCGCUUUGCCCCAAUGGACGAUGAUGAGAUAGUCAAUCCGGGUAUCUCCAGGCGACCCUCCCUGCCAACUUUAAACAACCUGGAUGAUACGGUCCUGACCAUGACCGAAUUCGCUUUGAACUUAUUACAGAUAAUGCGUGAGAUUCGGUCUAAUGGAAUACUCUUGCAAUACGACUCCACGUUGACUGGCAGCCUGAAAGUUGGCAUUGCCCAUGGACCCGUGAUGGCCGGCGUUGUUGGACUGUCGAAGCCGCACUACGACAUCUGGGGUCAUACUGUGAACAUGGCCUCCCGAAUGAGUUCCACGGGUGUGCUGAAUGCCAUUCACGUGACCCAGGACACCUCGAAAAUCCUGCAGAGCUUCAACAUCCGCUGCAAUUACCGGGGACAGACGCAGGUGAAGGGCGUGGGCGAAGUGCCGACCUACCUGGUGGACUUGGACCAGAAUCUGGAGUUCAAGCCCCACUUCCAGAAUGACAAUUCGCCCCACGAAAGCCUAAUCUCCGUGGAAUUGGUGGACGAAAAAUAACUAGAAGCGAGAGCCAUUAGCUAAAUUGUUGUUAUUCAGAUUAAGAGAAGCAGUAAAGUAAAUCAAGGCACUGGUAUUAUUUAAAA